AUGAUUGAGGUAAUACUUUAGGGUAAUAUAGUCCAUAGCCAAGAGGCCAACAGCACAGCUAAUUUUCUUAAUCCGAAUCCACCUAAGAGAAAGUAAAUGAUUAGUUUUUCAUUUAAUAACUAUUAUUAUUAAGAAAAAAAUAAAAAAUUAUAAUAUCAUAGUAAUGCUCAUUUGGAUAAUUUUGUAGUAAUACAGAAUGGGUCUAGCAUACUAGCUCCAGUAGAUUUUGAUCUUGCUUACUGGUAUUGAUUAUGAUUAAUUAUUAGUAAAGAAGAGUUCAUAAAUAUUGAUUUUGAUUUUGAUGCUCAGAUUUCUAAUUCAUAAACAUAUUAAGAGAAUAAGAAUUAUGGUAAAUUUGAAUUAGAAUAAUGGCUAUUUUAUUAAGAUUAAGAAAGAAUUGGUUUAGAAUUAGCUAUAGGAGGAAUGGAUAUGAUUUUAGCAAGUCAUAUGUUUUUGGAGAAAUAGAAAACAGAUGUUGAAGAGUUCUUUGAAAUAUUAUUAAGAGAUUAGAUGAGGAUUGGAUAUUUAGAAGGAAUGCAAUUAAAAGAAGAUUCAAGUUUAUUUUAUUAAAGAAUGGAUUAAAUACAAGUAAUAAUUAAGGAAGCAUUAAGUAUGACUCAAGAUAUUAUCUCUUGA